AUGUCACCACUUUCAGUUUUCCCAACUGAUGAGCGAUCAUAUUUAACUCGGAACGAGCUCGAUAAGGAAAUCCGAGAUGAAGUUGAAGCACAUUCUGGUAGAAUUACACUUACAGAACUAGCAUCAAAUCUUGAUGUGGAUUUCGAUAUCAUUGAAUCAAGAGUCACUGAAUUGAUAACCUUAGAUGCACAAAACAAAUCGCCUUGUCGUUUGAUCAGUAUACCCAGUGAAGUUGUCAACAGUUCAUAUGUUCGACGCGUAGCUCAUGAAAUACUUGAUCGACUAGAAGAGCAUGGCCAGACUAGUAUUGGUGAACUAACUGUCAUCUUUAAUCUGCCUACAACAUUCUUAUCGAGUAUUAUGCAAGAGUAUCAAAGUACUUUAUUUCAUGUACAUAAAUAUGGUGAGAAGUACUUUACAGAUACUUUCCUUAAUGCUACUAAGGCGAAAAUUCGAGGUUAUUUUACAGGUGUUAUCCGUCCUGUUACUUUAAGUUCAGUUGCUUCAAAGCUUCAAGUUCCUGAAAAUUUAAUUAAUAGUAUUGUCUCUAGUCUUAUCAGUACUGGUCGAUUGUAUGGUAAUCUGAUUGCCGGUCGUAGUGGCUUCGUUCCAAAAUGUUAUACUUAUGCUGAGGAUACAUACAUCAAUUCAUUUUACUCUCAGAAUGGAUAUAUUGAAUGGAACUAUUUAAAGCGAUUGAAUAUUCCUGAUCCAGGUUCAUAUUUAAAGACUAAGCUUCCGAAUGCUAUGCAUCUACCAGGUCUUACGGUUAACACAUUAAUAGUUGAUCAGUUAAAAUCUCUCAUUUCAGGUGUAAUCCGCGACGUAUCUUGGAUAGACCUAUCCCAUUAUAUUCCAAAUGGAUUAGAUUCAGGCAUUGAUGGUGAGGACGAUGAUUAA